GGCGAAAUAUGUGUAUUAAUACACGGAGUGCAGAGUUUAGGGCUUCAGCUAGACUGUGUUGCCAUGUCAGUAUGUUCAGUUUGUGUUUGACGGAGGAGAGGUAGCGUUUCCGUGAUGGCGCUCACCGCAGCUCAGGCGUUUCCAUGAUGGCCAACCUGAAAAGUUAAGGAGCAAAAACUUUGAGCAAGCAGUAGGAGUCUUCUCGGAGACUUUCCCUGUUAUCUCUAAAACUAACACCACCAUGGCAUACCCCGCUGCUGUUUCGAUUUGGGCGUUUGCUUUCAGUUUAUACCUCGGCGUGUGUGAGUGUUACUUUUCUAUACCGCUGAAGAUAUAUCCAGGGAAGUACAACUUCUCCUCGGAUGUGGAUUUGACUCCUCUGCGGCGAGUGGCUCUAACGUCGGAUGGAAACGGCCUCUCUCUGGCCUCUGAUCCGUCCGGGACAGUCAACUUUCUGGACAUGGUUAACAACUUGCAGGGGGACUCUGGAAGAGGCUACUACAUAGAAAUGUCCAUUGGCACUCCUGGGCAAAAGCUGAACAUCCUGGUGGAUACAGGCAGCAGUAACUUUGCCGUAGCUGCAGCUCCACACCCAUUCAUUACUCACUACUUCAACACUGCGCUUUCCAGUACCUAUCAGUCACAUGGUCGCACAGUAGCUGUCCGGUACACCCAGGGCAACUGGGAGGGUCAACUGGGCAUCGACCACGUCUCCAUCCCAAAGGGCCCAAAUGGGACCGUCACCAUCAACAUCGCUGCUAUCCUGUCAUCUAAUGGCUUCUUCCUUCCUGGGAUCAACUGGCAGGGAAUCCUUGGGCUGGCCUAUCCUAUGUUGGCACGACCUGACUCAUCCGUGGAGCCCUUCUUCAACUCUGUGGUGCAGCAGCUGGGAAUUCCUGACGUCUUCUCCCUCCAGAUGUGCGGUGCUGGACUGUCAGCCAGCGGCGCAGCCGACCCUGCGGGCGGCAGUCUUGUAAUGGGUGGGGCUGAACCAAUUCUGUAUCGGGGGUCCUUGUGGUACACCCCUAUAAUAGAGGAGUGGUACUACCAAGUGGAGGUUUUGAAACUGGAGGUGGGAGACCAGAAUCUGAAUCUGGACUGCAGAGAGUAUAACAUGGAUAAAGCUAUAGUUGACAGUGGGACGACACUGCUGCGACUCCCCGUCAACGUCUUCAAUGCGGUGGUAGAAGCCAUCACACGCAGCUCUCUGAUCCAGGAUUUCUCUUCAGGCUUCUGGGAUGGCAGCAAGCUUGCAUGCUGGAUGAAGGGAGAGACCCCGUGGAGGUUUUUCCCCAAGCUGUCCAUCUACCUAAGGGCGACGAACACCAGCCAGUCCUUCCGCAUCACCAUCCUGCCUCAGCUUUACAUCCAGCCAAUCACAGACGUGGACGGCACGCUGGACUGCUUUCGUUUCGGAGUGUCUUCGUCAGCUAAUGGCCUGGUGAUUGGUGCGACUGUAAUGGAAGGCUUCUACGUGGUGUUUGACCGUGCUCAGCGAAGGCUGGGCUUCGCACUAAGCACCUGUGCAGUGAGUGGUGGAGUCACUCUGUCGGAGAUCGCGGGACCCUUCUCAGCAGCAGAUGUGGCGGCUGACUGCUCCGCCGGCAUACUGAAGGAGCCUCUUCUGUGGGUGAUCUCCUACACCUUGAUGGCAGUGUGCGGCCUGGUCCUCAUCGUCCUGUUGCUGCUGCUCGUCCUGCCCUGCAGACGCAGAGAUCGCUCCGGAGAGAUCACAGACGAGUCCUCGCUGGUCCGUCACCGUAUCAAGUGACUGAGAGGAAAAGGACGGGCGAACGCGGUGAACGGGCAGGGGGACAGCGAGCGGAGCCCGUCCACAACUGUGGAGAGGGAGGCGAAGGUCGACAUGCACCGACCAGUGACACUCGGCUCUGAAUGUCUGACUGACUUUAGACUGCACUCAUCAGCUUGGCCCACGGAGGUAGACCCACAGACAGAUCAACUGCCUCUUAAAGGGAAUAUCCACCCCCAAAACACUUCCUAAAACAGCUGAUGGUGGUGAAAUUAUGGUUCCAGUUACUUUUGGUGGUAUAUCUUUCCUAUUCUCACUGAUAAUUUGUCAAGUCUCUGCUUUAAUAUAGAGAAAGACAUCCAUCAUAGAAGAACAGGUGCAAUUUAUUCGCUCACCAUAGCUUUUAAAGAUCAUAAUGCCUUGAAGCCUUUUAGUGAUGGCUAUGAUUUGCUUUAACUCAACUGAAGAGACACAUGUGCUGACAGUAUUGCCCUUCCUGCCUACAUGCACUGUAACAGGGAGUAGUUUGUGGAAGCACUCAAAUCAAGUUUAGCCUUUUUCUCUUUAGGGCUGGUGAAAGGUAUUUUGGGAAAUGUAGGACAUCACUAACACAAGAGAAUGAACCAAACUAUGAAACAAUGAUUAUUAUAAGGAUAGCUAACUGUGGCGAGUUAAGGACAUACGUAGCAACUGCACAUCCCUGAUCUCCAAGCAAACUGAGUUUUAUAAAUAUCAAAGGGGAUACAACCUCAUAAAAGGUACCUUUACAGUUUGUAAUCUGCAACCAACAAAUCUUUCACAUAGCUUUUUCUAAUUCAGCUCUGUGAUCAGUUCACAGCGCCUUCUUAUAUUCUGCAGUGACUGUAACUUUGAGUCUUCUGUAGGGUCAAAUUAUUGCCUGUGUAUAUUGAAGUUGAGGGGAGAAGCUGCUCAAGUAACCACUUUUAAUAGUUAUACACAUGUUUACAGUGCCUGUAGUGCCUUUCAGUCUCAGCUCACUGCUAACACAAACUGAUUCACAGUAUCAGCAGUUUGAGACGUACUCUGCUGAAAUGCACUUUGUUUCUGAAGUUGAUCAAAAUUGUAAUGUAAAGCGACGGAUCAAUAUUUCUCAAUCUCUUAUGCAAUUUGUAGUAUUAAUGUAAUUUAUCUAAUUUUGCAUACAUGCAGCUUUAUAAUUGAAUCUUUCUGAAUGUGAUUGUAUUAUUAUUCCAAAUCUUUGCUUUUUAGACUAGAUGUUCAAAAAUAUUUAUACGGCACAUUUUACACAAAUCAAACACUAAAAUUACAAGCCAAAGGAUUUCUGAAACUGACACACUGGACAUACUUUCUAGGUAUCUCUAGACUACAGUUCACUUUGUGGGGAAGCUGAUUGAUCUGGUAGCAAUAAUAAUAAUAAUAAUAAAUGUUAUUAAAGGUCAUUUUGUAGGCUCUUCACACGAGGGACAGUUUGUUAAAGUCAGCUAUACACUACACAAAAUGAGCUGCUCUACUGAAUCUGUUCAGCACAAUCAGUCUGAAAGUUUGUUGAUUUUGGCGAGAACAUCAGUCUUGACCCAAGCUGUCUACAUGUCACUGUCCGCCAAAAUUUAAAGUUGUAAAAUUGUUUAAUGGAAGGUACACUUGAAUCCUUGAAUGCUCACUUAUUUAUGGGUGUGUUUGUCUGUGCCAAAACUGUACUUGUGCUGUAAAUAAAAGAACUUGUGACAAAUCAAA